UUCUUCUUCUCCAUCUUUACGAUUCCUUAGAGCAAAAACCAACAUGGCAUGGCUCGAGAUCGUCGAUAUCGUUCAAGAAACCUACGAAAUCAUCCUCACGUGGCGAAAAAUUUUCACCCAAAUUGCUCUUUCAUUGAUUCUACCUCUUACCUUCAUCUUCUUGGCUCACAUAGAGAUUUCAAAUCUUCUCUUUGGCAACUUCUUCCAUUACCUAUGGUUGCUACACAAAAACGACCACGAUCAAGAUCUUCAAAAAUUCGAUGAAUUCUCGGAUCUCAUCACUCCUAAAUGGACCUUCUUUUGGCUCUUCAACAUCUCGUACAUCGUCUUCCUCUUCGUUUUCUCUCUCCUUUCAACCUCCGCCGUGGUUUAUACCGUCGCUUGCAUACACACCGGUCGAGAGAUCUCUUUCAAGCAAGUCGUUAGCGUCGUGCCCAAGGUUUGGAAGCGACUCAUAGUGACAUUUUUUUGUGUUUUUGCUUCCUUCUUCGCAUACAAUCUCCUCGCGAUAUUUGCUUUUAUUUUACUUCUUUUCAUUCUCCUAAUACAAUACGGACCAUAUGGCAAUGUCAAUGGUUCAAUCUUCGUCGUGUUCUUCGCUAUCUACUUCAUUGGCUUAUUAUAUUUGAGCGUCACAGUGCAACUUUCAAGCGUCGUCUCGGUUUUAGAAGAGUCGUGUGGAUUUAAAGCAAUGGCAAAGAGCAAGGCACUAUUGAAGGGAAAGAUGUUAGUAGCCACAAUCAUGUUGUUGCUCAUCAAUGCCUCUUUAGUGAUCAUUCAACAAGCUUUUUUGAAGCUUGUUGUUCAUGGAGUUUGGUUUGGGAUGGUGGGGAGGGGUAUUUUGGGAAUAGUGUGUUUGUUCUUGCUCUUGAGUUUCUUCUUAUGGCAGCUUGUGUUGGAGACGGUAUUGUAUUUUGUCUGCAAAGAACACCACCAAGAGAAUAUCGACAAGUCGGCGCUGUCCAAUCAUCUUCAAGUUUAUUUGUUGAAUGGUUAUGUUCCUUUGACGGGUAAAAAUGUUGAGCUUGAAAACCUUGAAGUUUGAUUUGUUCAAACGUAGGAUUGGCUUGUUUUGUUGGGAUUGUGUUUAUAUGUUGUGUUUCUCUUUUGUUUGGUACGAGGAAUUAAGGAAAAAGGUUGUACUUUUUUAACAUAUUUUGUCUAUAAUA